UAAUUUGUAUAUUUUAGCCAUGUCUUUCCUGAUUAAGUAUCUGAUUUUUUUCUUUUUAAACUAAGAACAAAGAUUCACAUCUAUGGGAAUUAGACUUCAUCUUCUUAGGUUUUAUUCCAUCCAUUGUUCCAGACUAUUAAGAUCUUUUUGAUUACUGAUUUUAUCAUCAAUCUAGUCAGUAUACAAACAUUUAUUCAUACAUCUAAUUAAAGUAAUUAAUCACUUAUUAAUUCAUAAAUUAACUACUGAAAGGACCAGGAGGGUCAAUUGAUGUAAAAAUUUGCUUGGUUUUUCUAGGUAUUCUUACAUUCUGGUCCUCCUAUUAAGCAUAUGCUAUGUACUGGGCAUUUGGGAUACCAAGACAGAAGUGAAACUUUCCCUGCCCUCAAGGAGCUUACAUUUUCUCAGAGGAAACAACACAUAGAUAUAUAAGAAGACACAAAAUUACAUGUUUUAACAAAAGUAUUUUUUAACUAUCCUUCCCAGCUUGAAGUCGUAUGCAAUUUUAACAAGUAUGCCAUCUAUGUUAUUUAAAUUAUUGAUAGAACUCGUAAUCAGAGGACAGCAUAAAUGACUCAUAGCACUCCAACAAGAAAAUUCAAUCUAGGCUGGCAUUAAUCUUUUCAUUAACAUUGUUUGAGUAGAAUUGGUCAGCCCAUUUAAUACAUCGACAAAAGUGUACUGCCACCCAACUAAUAUUUCCUUAUCUUCUUCUUGAGGAAAUCGUUAGAGAGUUUUUGAAAUGAUUCUUUAUAGUUGAGAUAUAACUAUGUCUUAUAGAAAUUUACUGGUCUACCAGUCUAAGAGUUCUGGCAAGAAAGGAAAAAUAGGAUAAAUGACUUUACCAACAAACGAAAAUCAACAAGCAUUAAGCAACCAUUCUGCAAUGUAUUGUGCCAGGCACUAAGGGAGAUAAAAAAGAUAAAUAAGGCAUAGCCCUGACCUCAAGCAACUUCUAGUCUAGUGAAGAGGGAAUGGCUGGGGGAAACAUAAAAUGCAUAUAGAGAUAAAUAUAAUGCAUGAGAGAACUUUUUUUUUUAAUGUACCCCUGAAACCUUUAGAUUAGGCUUUCUCGACUUCCGUUCCUAAGUGUUCACAGACGACCUUUCAAUCAUCUGCUCUAGAACUUUGCCAGGGUCCCCAUUAAGCUUAUUGGCCUAUGGUUUUGCAGAAUCCACUUUCUUCCCCUUUUGGAAAAUCAAGCUAUUUCUUCUUUCUAAUCAAUGCAAUCCAGAACUGUCUGUAAACUUUUUGGAAGAAAGUCUUUGUCAGUGAUCCUUGUGAAUUCUGCUUCCUGGGUCAGGAUGGUUUUCUCUGGGCAUUUUUUUCUGUCCCUCUGCAGUCACGGCUGUUGUAGCUCUCCCACUGGCUGACACAGAAGAGAACAGAUUAACUGAACUGAGAACUACAUUUCCCAGUUUACUCUCCUCCGGUGUCUCCCCCUCUAGAGCCGAGGUGGGCGAUUCCACAGGGCACUCUCUCGCUCUCCCUGCUGAGCCGUCCUAACCAGGACGAGGCUUAGCUAGGCGAAGGGGUGGGAGGCGCUUGCAUUCACUUGGGCUCCAGCAAAACCUGCCCUAUGCAGCAAACGUUGCUGCUAUCCGCCGGCGGACUCCGCUACAGCACAAUGCAGUACUGAGGCGCCCGGAGAGGCUGCAGCCGAAGCCAGCCCUAGGUGGUGCCGCAGCAGCACCGGGCUCGGCCGUCAUCGGCAGGCAGUGCCCGGUGCUUCGGGCUAGGGCGGAAGGCAGGAGAAGGCGAGGGAGGACAGAGCGCCCGCGUGCCAGCCGCGGAGAGAAGAGAGGAGAGGAGAAAGGAGGAGAGAAAGGAGAGGAGAGGGGAGAAGAGGGAAGGAGAAGAGAGCAGAGAGGAAAGACGAAAGGGAGCGCCCUCCGGGGCUGGGUGCCCGCGUCUCCACCAUGAGCAUCUCUCCCUGAGCAUCAUCCCUGGCUGGGGCAGGCUGAAGGGCAGGGAGAGCCAUGCGGGCUGCGGAGGCUGCGGAGGCUGCGGCUCUGCUGCCCUGGCUGCUGCUGGGCAUCUCAGGCAUCUUCCCGCUGGCUCUGUGCAGGUUGCCAGGAGACGCCUUAUUGACGGAGCUGGAGAGAAGGAACGAAAACCGCUUUCUGGAGCGAGAGAACGUCGUGCCCCUCCGGCUCAUCUACCGCUUGGGAGGCGAAGACCAAACUGGCCAUGACGUGCUCACCACUCGGAUCCGGGGCGCCCCGGCUGGCGGCGGCACCGGCGGCUGGCAGUCUACGCACGUUGACCAGGCGAGCUUCCAAGUUGAUGCUUUUGGAUCAACUUUCAUUCUUGAUGUUGUCCUCAACCAGCAGACCAAAGUGCACCGUUUACUGGACAGAAUCCCAGCUUGGCCUGCAUCUUGGACUGGGUGUGGAGGGAGUGGGAAGCAGAGCAGCUGCCAGCGGAAUGCACGCUGUCCCUAUGAGUGACUUGCUGUCAUCUGAAUACCUGGAGAGACACAUUGACCACGGAGGAAAGAUCGUGGAAGUUAA